AUGGCAGCCCAGCCCAGCGGGGGCGAGAAGCCCUUCCACAUCGUCUCGCCCGUCCUGGAGAGCCUGCCCCUGUCCAGGGCGGCAGGCACUAAGGUCUACAUGAAGCUGGAAAACGUCCAGCCCAUGGGCUCCUUCAAGAUCCGGGGCAUCGGCCACCUCUGCCAGGAGGCUGCCAAGAAGGGCUGCUGCCGCUUCGUUUGCUCCUCAGGGGGGAGCGCGGGUCUGGCGGCAGCGUACGCAGCCAAGAAGCUUGGGUUGCCGGUCACCGUCGUGGUCCCCAGCACCACCAGCCCCGCCACCAUACGCAAGCUGGAGGAGCUGGGGGCGGAGGUGGAGGUCUCCGGCCAGGUGUGGGAUGAAGCCAACAGGAGAGCCCUGGAGCUGGCACAGACCGAGGGCUGGGUCAGCAUCCACCCCUUUGACCACCCCGCAGUGUGGCAGGGUCACGCCAGCCUGGUCCGGGAGCUGAAGGACUCGCUGGAGACCAAACCGGACGCCAUCCUGCUGGCGGUGGGCGGCGGGGGGCUGCUGGCGGGCGUCGUGGCCGGCCUGCACCAGGUGGGCUGGCAGGACAUCCCCAUCGUCGCCGCUGAGACCUGGGGGGCCCACAGCUUCCACGCGGCGCUGGCAGCCGGCCGGCUCGUCUCCCUGCCUGACAUCACCAGCGUGGCCAAGUGCCUGGGAGCCAAGACGGUGGCGGCGCGGGCGCUGGAGUGUGCCCGGGAGUGCCAAGUCAUCUCCCAGGUGGUGGAGGACACGGAGGCUGUGCGAGCCGUGGAGCAGUUCCUGGACGACGAGAGGAUGCUGGUGCAGCCGGCGUGCGGGGCCGCCCUGGCCCUGCUCUACACGGGGCGGCUGCAGCGGCUGCAGUGCGAGGGGCGGCUGCGGACCCCGCUGGCCUCCGUGGUGGUGGUGGUGUGCGGGGGCGGCAGCAUCCAGGCAGCCCAGCUGCGGGCCCUGAAGAGCCAGCUGGGGCUGGAGUGA